AUUCCAAUUAGUCCUUCCGAAAAUCCAAGUCGACAGAAAAACCCAUAAAAAAAAACUCAAUACCAACGACCACAACAGUGAGCGGGAGUCUCCGUCUCUCAACUGAAAAAUGGACGACGGCGGCGUCUCGAAAGCAGUGGCGGUGGUGGCUUGCGCUGCCAUGGCGCUAUUCUACGUAGCCGUUCUCUACGCCCCGACUGUAAUCCUCCGUCUUCCUCCUCCUCCUUCCUUCAAGAACUUCAUGAUCCGACGGUUCGUAUGCGCCGCCAUUUCAUCCGUCGUCUCCGUCAUCGUCUCCGCCCUCCUCCUCCAUAUGAAAAGCAGGGACGUAUCAUCUCUGUUAAGUGUAUACGGAAUCCGAACAGACCAUAUUUGGCAAGCUGUGGUCUUUCCUCUGUUGUUGACUGCUCUCGUGUACGCUGGAUCCUUGGUCCUUAAGGCGCUAAUGCUAGUGAGUUCAUUGACGGAAGAUAUGAAUUAUGGUGGAGGCUUUUCGUUCGAAUAUAUCAAGAAUGUCUCACAAGAGGCUGUUGCCUGUACUCGUACAAUGGCUUCCAAUGUUUUGGUUUGGCGUAAUUAUAUUGUGGCUCCUAUUACCGAAGAGUUGGUGUUCAGAGCAUGUAUGAUCCCAUUACUUCUCUGCGGAGGAUUCCAAAAAUCCAGAGUCAUCUUUCUCUGCCCCAUUUUCUUCAGUUUGGCACAUUUAAACCAUCUAAUGGAGGUCUACAGCAAGCAAAACCAUAACUUGAUCAAAGCCUUCAUGGUUAUAGGUCUCCAGUUAGGCUAUACGGUCGUCUUUGGCUCAUAUGCAUCUUUUCUCUUCAUUCAAACUGGAAAUUUUCUUGCUCCUUUAGUUGCUCACGCAUUUUGCAACUUUAUGGGAUUGCCUGUGCUAGUUUCACGAGGGAAAGGGUUAAUAGCCGUUGCAUCUGUAGCAGGAAUUGUGGGUUUCCUGUGGUUACUUUUUCCAAUGACGUACCCAGAUUUGUAUAACGACAGAACAGAUAAUUGCAGAUGCUGGCAAGGAUAUUGUUCCGGAAACUAAGCUUGUGAAAUCUUCGGAAUAAAUAGGUUUGGUCGAUUCUAAUUCCUUUUGUAGCAUUAUUUGGCAUCAACUGCUCGUAUGAGUUGUGCAAACACCAGUCGCUUUUGGGUGUUGAUGCUAUCACGGCCAUCGCUGAGUGUGGGAUCCACAGUUGGGUCCUUUAAACAUCAAUGGCUGUGCUAGUCAUCCGUUCGCGACUGACGCUAGCAUAUUCGAUGCAAAAUAUUAUCCUUGAAUAGAUUUUUUUUUUGAACAAAUCCUUGAAUAGAUCUUUAAGUAAUCAGUAAUCUCUAGAAAACCUGUUCAACUUGUUUGGUUGAAAUUUGGCUCUGGGUCGACUUAUAGGUUCAACAAGUUGGGUUGGACUGGUCCAUCAACUAAAUGUAUGCCCACAAUCAUCUCUACGGUCCAAGAUUUGGUUCACCAACCCGAAUUUAUGAAAAAAAAAAAAUAUCCUAAAUCCAUUACUCUAAAUUGUAAUUCCCAUGCAAACGUGGUUGUCACCACAUUGGCUAUAAAAUGUGCCCCUUCCUAUA